UGUGAGAGAGAGGUGGUUUCUUUUCCUUCGUUCCCGUUCACCUCAGGAUCCUUUCCUGUUCGAAUGUCCACCUUUAGACCCCUACCUACAUCAUCUACAACCUCCUUUUGAUAUCCCCACCGGCGGGAAAGAAGAUCUUCGAACCACCAAAAGUCAAGCGCGAACGUAUCCGUAACCUCGGAAAAGAGGGUGCAUUUUUAUUCUCUCCGGAACAGUGACGUUCCAGUCAGAUGGACCCGGACGUCUGCCGGAACUGCGGCCACAGCGGCAAGCACAUUGACUUCGCCGACGCGCGGUGCGCCAUCACGGAGCGGGAUGACGCCGAGCGCGACAAGCUCCAGGCCGAUGCCGCCCUCGCCCGGGCCCGCGACAUUUGCGAUACGUCGCUCUCGCUCAUGAAGCGGCAGAUGCAGGAGCUCGAGGAUGCUAACGAAGCCAUUGACGCGCUGCGUGCCGCACUGGCGGCCGCCGAGGACCGGAGGGAACGUGUUCGGCGCGAUCUCGGGACUCACGGCGACGUGUGCCUGCUCUCGCGGUCAAACCUCGAGGCGGCGGAGGAGAUGGCCAUCUCGGCUGCUGGGCGCUACUUUGAGGCUGGACGGGCUGUGACUGCGUUGGAGGAUCGGGAGCAGCUGCGGAAGCAGUCGCCAAGUAUUCACGUGGAGGAGGCGCCGCCUUUGCCGAUGACUGUGCCUAUGGAAGAGGAUGACGAUGCAGAGGAGGAGGCGAGAGAGAAGGAGGACCGGAGGUGGAAGAGGUCGAAUGAGCGGUUUUGCAAGUGGUUGAGGCAGUCUGAGGCGCAGCGACAGAUUAUGAAGUCGUCGUGGACGAAGCUGAGGGUCGCGGAGAGGUUAGCCGGCGAGAGCGUCGACGUCGAUGUAGUCGACGCUGUUGACGACGAGGAAGAUGAAGAAACGGCACGCCGGAAUAGGGUCCAGGCGUGGACUGCGGCGCGGCGGCUGACGGACCAGCUUCCGCCAGAGGAGGAUCCCACCAUGGAGACGGAGUACCUCGAAUCGGAGCCAACUGAUUCGGCGGAGACGACGGAGGAGUCUUCUGAACCUUUGGUCCUGGCGCCUGCACCGACGUCUGCUCCUACUCCUGCCGCUCGCAAGACGGGCGUAUCGAAGAGAGCGCCGGCGUUGAGGACAAGGGCAAAGACAGGCAGAGCUGCGACGACGGUGACUGCGCCUGCGCCUGCGACACAAGCGCCCCAAACAGUGCCGUCGAGUCCGGUAAAAGGACGAAAUCUGCGGACAGCUCGGAGGGUAGAAAGCCAGACUCGCUCGGAACCGAUAAGACCUACGACGGGUACGACAACAGCGACAAAGAGGGUAAAGAGGGAGCCGAAGACGACAUCUGCGGUUGUGAUGGGAAAGGCGGGAACUACUACUACGCCUAGUUCGGAUGGUGCCGCCGCUGGCCGGCCGGCUGCGAGGACACGGGCUCGGACUGGGAAGACCCCGGCUACGGUAGCGGCAGUGGUCGCAGCGGAAACGCCGGCAGCGACACGGCCUCAAAGGGCUACGAGGAGGAGGUCGGUGAGGGUUCAACCGUAUCCUCAACCUGGCGCUCAGCCAAGAUGGAAGUAGAGUGCGGCUGUUGUGGCGAUGGUUUGAGGGUGCCGGAGGUUUUGAGGAAGUUGUAUUGGAAUCAUGAAGGCCUUGGGGAGGGGGCCGAUGCCCUCCCCGUCCAUACCCCAUAGAUUGAAUAGUCUCAAUUCACAGC